ACAAAUUCAGUGGAGCACAAGAUUAACAUAGGGAAUAAUUCUUAAGCCAAUUCACACGAGCGCUAGCGUCAGUUUGACUGGAGCUUUGGUUCUAUUAAAACGUCUUAUUUCUAAUGUUUACCGUCACGAGAAUGAGUUAUAAACUGGUUCUGUACAGCUUAGAUAUUAGCCCGCCGGUGCGUGCAGUGAAAGUGCUUGCGAGACUGAUUGGUCUAGAGCUUGAAAUCCGUGAUCUUGAUAUGUUCGGCGGUGAACACUUGAAAGAACCUUUCUCAAAGAUUAAUCCGGAGAGAAUAGUUCCAACGUUGGACGAUAAAGGAUUCAUCGUUUGGGACAGUCAUGCGAUUUGCAUGUAUUUAGCCGAUAAAUAUGCGAAAGACGACAAACUGUAUCCCAAAGAUUUGCAAUUGCGAGCUCGAUGUAAUCAACGGUUGUUCUUUGAUGCGGCUAGUUUGUUUGUACGAUUGCGCGAUUGUUCGCUUCAUAUUUAUCAAGGAGGCAAGGAAAUACCACAAGAUAAAAUCGACCCAAUUUACGCUGCUUUUGAUAUAUUGGAAGCAUUUUUGUCAUCUGAUCCAUUUUUAGUGGGCCAAAAUCUAACGAUCGCUGAUAUUUCUGUAGCUGUGACUAUACUUCCGCUCGAAAUCUACGCACCACUGAAAGCCGAUAAACAUCCCAAAAUUUUAGCUUGGUUGAACCGCGUUAGACAGACCAUACCAUUCUUCGAUGAAAUGAAUGUUAGUCUUACAAAGGAAUACCGUGACAUGUUGAUGGGCAUUUUGGAGAAGAAUAAACAAAUUGCUUAA